GCAUUUAAUCGAUUUAUUCUGCAGGUUUUGAUGCGCUCGAACAUGCAAAACUUCGACGUGCGAGCCAACAAAGGCCGUAGCAAUUUAUCAUCGACUUGUCAACUGCGUGGAUGAGCUUUGGAGGAGUUUAGAGAGGAACGAGGAUAUCUCAGAGCUCGGAGUAAGAUAAUCCUGCAGACGAAGGGCAGGUUCGUCGAUGCAUCACGCACGAGAAGGUGCCGAAAGCGAAGCAGAAGUCCUUGAGCUUCCAGUUCUUUGGACGAGCCAUUCCAUUCCAAAUGGGCCCAAAGUCGGCUUCUGAAGCUCCCUGAAGCUCUGAAAGCCGAUGCGAUCCUGCCGAAAGCUGCCUCAUUAUGUCCGGAAACUGUGACAGGCGCAGUACGCAUGGGGAGUUGGGGGCUGCUUCUUCCCAUGAGCCCUGCCUCAUUCAUGUCGCGCCCUAGGCACGAUUGGGCUCUUCAAGUCACUCCACCCCGAGAGUAACAGCAAAGAUUUACUACUUGUGCCGAUUUAGGUCGCUCAUCAGAUUCGUGGCCACGAGAGGAAGAAGGUGGAGGCCGGGAGAUGGUGUGUCCAUGACAACGGAGAUCAAGGACGGAUCGUAAAUUGCUACGGAUUUCUGAGAUGAUGAGCAUGAUGAUGACUGUGGCGAGGGUGGCAGGCGAGUGAAAUGUAACGCGGAUUGUUGUUCAAUUUUGGGUUAUUAGACGGUGGAGAGAAUGAUUAAGCUCUCCCCGGCGAGGAUAGGGUGCCUCGAACAAUUCGGAAGUUCGGAACUGAUUCGAUUAUUGUUUUCUGUUUCUGUACCGGAAAUCUUCCAAUUCUGACACAAACGUUUAAGAGCAGAGGCCGGCUUCUCGUUGGGGGAACAAGAUACGGAUACCAUUGAAAGGAAAGGGUGUUCAAGAAUCAAGACGAAAGUACAGCAACUAUGAUUCCACUGGUCUCCCAUUAUGGGAUGCUGAAAUUGUGGUGCAGCUAAACGGACACCUCACUUGGCCGGCUUGAGGAAGAGGGAGUGAGAGAGUCAGCGAGUCAUGGAGCCCGGAGAGGAGGAGGAGGAGUCCGCCAGGCUUCCAAAGGAAGCCGUCAAAUUGAUAUAUUCUUUCGGCCUCGAGGGGAGUCGGAGGAACAAUGUAGUCUAUGUCAAGGAAGACAUGGUCAUGCACUCGUGUGGUAACGCUGUGCACUUCAUUCAGCUCAGCUCUAAGAAGCAAACCUUUCUCAUGAGUCAGGCUGGCCGUGGAAUAGGUGCAGUGGCAUUGCACCCCAAAAGACACUGCUUCGCUGUUUGCGAGAAAGGAAAAGAUCCAGAUAUCUAUGUCUACGCAUAUCCAUCGCUGGAGCUGAUGAAGGUGAUGAAAAAUGGAACAGAGAGAGUGUUUACUGCUGCCAACUUUAGCAAUGAUGGUGUUAAGCUUGCGACAGUUGGAGGCCAUCCAGAUUACUGGCUGACUGUGUGGGAUUGGGAGUCUGAAAGCAUGAUACUACGCUCGAAGGCUUUCUCCCAAGAGGUUUUCAAAGUAAAUUUUUCGACGUACUUCACCGGUCAGCUCAUCACAUCAGGAGUGGGCCAUAUCCGAUUCUGGAAGAUGGCAUCCACUUUUACUGGUUUGAAGCUGGAGGGAGCUAUAGCUAAGUUUGGAACCGUUCCAAUCAGCGAUGUUGCUGGAUAUGUGGAGCUGCGAAACAGCAAAGUUUUAUCUGGAACAGAAGUUGGAACUAUCCUCGUUUGGGAUGAUGGUCUGAUCAAAGCUCAGUUGAAAAGACCUGGCGAAUCAAUGUGUCAUGAUGGGAUGAUUGAGUAUAUUACCCUUGACGAAGAUGCCAAACAAAUGACCACAGCAGGAGCAGAUGGCUUCAUCAGAUUUUGGAACCUUGAUUGGUUGGAUGCAGCCAAUGAUGGGGACGAUAAGCUUGUGUGCGAAAUUACUCCCGUCAAGGAAAUAAAUGUGGGUGACAAUGUAAAAAUCAAAGGAAUUAUUCGUGAGGCAGACCACUGGAUCAUCCAGGAUGAAGGUGGAGCUCUGUGGAAGGCGAAACUUCCCAGCUUUCAGAUGGAAAGAGUUUUAGAUUUCCAUGCUGGCCCCAUAAAUUGCGUGGCAAGUUCACCUCUUAACUACGAUUUGGCAUCUGGUGGAUCAGAUGGCACCGUACGUUUGUACAAUUUCAAAGAACAUCAGCAAAGAUAUUCCAGAAAGUUCUCCGGAGGGGUUUCGUCCUUCCUCUGGCUGCCACUGGAGCUUGAUCCUACGGGAAACACUGUGGUCGCGGGUUUCACAGACGGGGUUGUGAGAAUCCUGGAGAUUGGUGCAGAUCACUGGAUGUUGAGUCGAGCAAUGAAGCCACACAAAUUGGAGGUGGCAGCCUUGAGUUUUUCAGAAGAUGGAGAGCUGCUGACAAGUGGUUCUAAGGAUUGCACGAUAUUUUUCUUCCAUUGCAAAAACAAUUAUAGAGCUCUUGGAUUUUGUAAGGUGCCUGGGCCUGUAACGAGCAUGGACUGGGCUCCAAAUGGGAAACACAUCCUUGUGGGGUGCCACAAUGGGGCCAUUGUCGAAGUUAGUCGUCCAGGUGUUGAUGGAGAUACAAGUAAGUCUUUCGAGCUGAUCCUGCCCAUGAAGACUUAUACUUUCCGUAGACCUAAGAUUGUGAAGCCAAAGCCCCCUCCAGUGGUCGUACCAGAAGUGAAGACCCAAGAGCCAAAGGAGGGAGAUCCUGCUUCAGCUCCUGUCGAAAGUGUCGACGGUAAUUCGACAGACAAAAAACCAGAAGGAGGUGCAAUUGAGGAUGCUCCAAAGGACGCCAUGGAAUCUGCAGCAGAUCCUAAAGCCGGAACUGCAGAGAAGGCUGAAGGUGCUGCAGAGGUUGGUCCUGAUGGUGCGGUAGAAGGUGAGGCUAAACCUGCUGAAGCUCCACCACCGCCACCGCCCGUCGUGGAAGAGGAAGAAUUAGACGAUCCUCCUGGUACAAUGUAUCCUGUUCGAGCACUUAUGUAUACAAAAGGCAGCUUGGGCACUUUCUACCUUGCGUUGGAGGGUCGUGCGAGUGGAUAUAUCUACGAAUGUCAUGCAGAAUCUGAAGAAGUUGUCGGUUAUACGCCAUGGCUUUCGUGUGUGAAGUUCCUGCAUUUUACACAUUCUUGCGAGUUACUCCUCUCCGGAUCCGAUGACGGUGUGGUGCGUGUACAGAAAGUGCCACCUCCAAGCCAGCUUAAACUAGCAAAAAAGUGCAAGCACUGGGAAGGAGGCGUGCAUGACGGCUUCAACGGAGUGGUCGGAGGGGCUGUGUUGAGCUUCGACGAUCGAUUUCUGGCAAGCGUAUCAUAUGAUGGAAGCUUCUUCGUCCAAAGCAUAAACAUGGAAAUGGUUCCCGAGAAACCUCCCACUAAAGUAUCGGCUGCUGCUAAAGAAGUGAAAACAGCAGCAGUUGAAACAGAGGAUGUGAGUGCGGUGGCAUUGAGUAUCGAGGAACAGCGCGCGAAAACAGAGCAAGAUGAAAGACUCAGAUUGGCUAUGGCCAAAAAAAACCUGGUCUUGGAACGAGUAAACGUUUUGCGUAGUAAUUUAGCAGCGCUUCUGAAAGAGAUGAAUGAACGGGAACGUAAUGAGAAACUCCCGAUGGAGCACUUUGAAAUCGAUCCUCAUGUCAGGGUUAUGUUGGGAGAGGAAAUGGAACGAGAAGUGGACCAAGCUCAGAAGGAGUUACAGUGGGAUAGUGAGAAACGAAAUGUUGCACUCCGCAAGUUGAAGGCGUGGUACCUGGAUCCACUGGAGGUAGAACGCAUCGUCCUACACGCUUUCAUGUCAGGGCAGAGUGUUUCAUCGUUCCGAACUGCAGCACUCUCUCCACAGCUUCAGGCAGCGAUUGUAGAGGCGAAAAAGCAGAAAGGAGUCAGACGGUGGAGUAAGUUGCAAAGGGGUGAGCCGAGUUUCUUAAAACAUCAGCCGGAAGGUGCUGAAACUCCAGAAGAAAACAAGGCUCCUGAGAACGAAGAAAUAGACGAGCUAGACUCGGAGAGAAAGAAAUUAGAGGAGGUUACAAAAGCAGAACAGAGAAGGCUAAUGCUGAAGAUAAGGGAGAAGGAAAUGGCCAGAUACAAUUUGACAAAACCAGACGAGACGUGGGUGAGCGACGAAGAUGCUCAAGCUAUUGAGUAUGCAGAAAAUAACAAGGGAGAUUUCAAAUUGAAGUCUGAUCCACUUUACAUUGUUCCCGAGGACUUGCGAGUAAACGCCAGACUGAAGCGAAACGAGAUGUUGUUGUUCUCCGAAGAUGUCUACUUGCAAAGAAUGGCGUACAACAAGGAACUUCUAGCUCUGCGAGCCUCCAAGAAGUUGAUAUGCGAGCAGAUUGCGAAGAACAACGAACGAGUUUCACAGAUCAACAACAUUUUGAAGAUUACGAAUGAAGUGCUGUUUGUACCGGUCAUCCCGAAAGAGGAAAAUCCUGAAGAUCGCGACGUCAUUUCCCUUGAGGAAGUAAAGGAGUUCGAGGAGAAAAAGAAAGCUGCUCUCGAGGAAGCUUUGAAAGCUAAUAAAUCCAAAGAUACUCUCGGCAUGGACCAACCGACUAAGAAAACCGAAGCAGCGAAGGGAGGGCCCGGUGCUUCAAAGGAAAGAGACGUAGUGAAGUCAAGAAGGGGACAGCAGACAAAGGAUUUCAAGGGUUUUCCCCUGUCCCCUCUCGAGCUUGCAGAGCAAGAAGCACACCAAGCAAAGAUCAAAUAUGAAAAAACGAAGUUGCUGGAGAAGAACAGCAUACUCAUAAAAAAGUUUGACAACUCUCUGGAAGAAUUGAAAGCUACCAGAUUCAGCCUCGAGAUCAACAUAAAGGCUGCUGAACUGAAGAUGCUUGCUCUUUAUCAGGAGCUCCGCUAUUUACAAAAGAUCCAACCGACAGAGGAGUCUCUAGAAGUGCGAAUCAAUGAGAAAAUAAGGGCAGUUCAUGAUAUGAGGGUGAAACUUGAGGAUCAGGAAAAGAUGAUGGAGGCUAAAAAGGAAGAGAUUGCUCUUUUGAAUGAAAAGAGACUUGAAAUCAUAAGCGAAUUUGACCACAUAUUCCCGGAAGCGGACGAUCCACAAAAGGCUAUCCUUCACAAAUAUUUUGUCAAGAUCAUUCGUCGAGUCAAGAGAAAUCCUGAUGGAACCAUUGCAGAUUCUGACGAGGAUUCAGACCUAGAGGAGACGGCUGCUGAUGAAGAUGAAGAUAAUUAUGAAGAUGACGAUGUGGCCGAAGUGGUUCCUCCAAAUGUCACUCAAUUCUUCUAUGAUCAAAUGUUUAAGCUGCGAGAGAGACGUGUUGAGCAAGACUUCCUUAUCAAAGAUGCAACUAAAGCAUUGGACGCUUUGACAAGGGAACGAGACGGCAUCAUAAAGAGAAAGAAGCUGACUGACGCUUCUCUCGAAACUGUUGAGAAGGAGAUUGCAGUUUUUCAGAAGGAAAAGCAAUAUUCGCUCAAUGAGAUUGAUAUUGUUUUAUCCUUGAAAAUGCAUCAGAUUGAGUAUCUUGAAGACGGAGUUUUGCCCGAGGAUUUGUCAGGAGCGCUGGUGUUCGACAAUGCAGUGUUCCAGGGUCUGACGGAUAUCAUCACAGAGCACAUGAAAGCAAAACAAGCCUUAAAAGAGCUGCACAAGGAACUCAGAAAAGAACACCAGGCUCUCAAUCGCGAGAAAAAGAGCGAAGAUGAGAGAACGGCGAAUAUAGAGGCAAGAUGUGUGGAAGUUCAGAUGCUGAAGUUUGGACAGUGCAUAGACAUGGAAGUCCUGGACGUUAUAAGUAAAGAUAUGAAAAAAGACACAAAGGAUCUGAAAGAGCAGCUGCGAAACCAGGAAGCAAAUUAUGGCUCGGAACUUCAUGACUGGAAUAAGAGAAUUGAAGACGCGACUGAUGAACUUUGCUCGUGCACUAAGGACAACGCUGGGGUUUUGAACAACAUCGCUGAUCUGAAGACGAAACAAAACUUUUUGACUUCGAGCAUGAAGGCAAGGACAACAGCACCCCUGAAAGAUCCCUUGGUGGAGAAGAAGAAGCAUGCUACCGAGCAUGUACGACUCUGUGAGGUGAUCCAAACUCAAGACAACCUGAUUCGGAAGAUGCAACAAGAGAUGACACUCAUGCAGACAGAGUUGGACUCUCUCUACCCUGCACCAAUAGACGAGUCGAAGGUCAACAGGUAUAGUGGUCUGACAGGCUAGGCAGGCAAUCGGACAACCGGUCCAGGACAUGGAGAUCCUCCUCAAAGCCCAGGAUCCGUUGCAGCCAUUCUGUCACGUCAAGCUUCCAAGCUUCUCCUGAGAUGCUAGAUUAUGAGUUAAAAAGGGAUCUUCAUAUGAUCGGGCUCAGGGGUAAGAUGUCACCGGGCCCAAAAGCAGAACCGUAGCCUUUUGGAGAUCUUCAGUCCUCUAGAACGAUUGCAUGUUAUCCAUGGAGAAUCGAAACGAGAAGAGAGUGUCAGACCAAAGUUUUGUAGUGUAAAUGGAGAUGACGAGUGGGACUGUUUACAUAAAGGCUUUUCCAGAUUACGUUUGGUCUUUUUCCUCGGUCCUAAUUGUUGACUUUCUGAUUCAAUUCUCUCUCGAAGAGAUGUGCAAAUGUUUGGGAAUCUCGGAUCUGUUUCAAUUUCGC